AUGCGGCGGGAGCUGCCCGACCGCCGCAUCGAGUUUAGGGUGCUGGGCCAGCACGAGGACUCAUACCGGGUGAUCUUUGAUUUCGGCCCUAAUUACAAGCGUGCAGAGUGCCUGUGCGCCCGACAAACCUCCGCCUCACGCCACCAGAGGGGUUGGUGCAAGCACAUUAUCGCUUGUCUGGCGACGGUCGUUUGCGACAGCGUGACCGCCCCUGAGUGGGUUCGGCGUAUGCCGGGGGCGAACGAGGUGAUCGCGUUGGUCUCCUUUGACUUUAUCGCGCGCUGCAACAACUACGCGCGCUCCGAGGAGUCGGCAACCCAAGUCAGCGCCCAACAACAACAACAACAACAACCUGCGGAAACCGCGGUCGAAGAGCUUAUACCGAGCAGCUGCGCUGCGGUCGUCGGGGAGGCGGCGUCACCUGAGGGCAAAACGAGUGCGGGUCCGCUGGAGCUCUUUCCCAUUAUGAAGCUUUACAGUCCUCGCAUUGGACCGAGCCCUCAGUGCGUGUGGAACAUCGUCAAGGCCUGCGUCAAGAAGGGCGCUGUCGCCAUACUCGACGAAGGGACACAGAGAUGUGGUCUCACCGAGAGCGGCUGCGCGGCGGCGCUCGAAGCCGUGGACUCCGAUAGACAGAGACGCAGCCGGGAGGCCGUACCCCUGCCCGUUGUCCCCGCGUCCCUACUAUCGCCGGCCCGGCAGGAGGCCUCCCCUGCGGCGCAAGAGUUGUCGUACCCGGCUUCGCUCUUUGCCGUCUCGGGCACCGGUGGUGCUGCCCAACCAGCGUUGUCAGCUGUGGACAGCAUGGAGACGACCACCGAAAAGCCCGACAGCGACCACAUGGAGACUCGCCCCUUCGUGUCAACGUGCACCACUCCAUCUGCUGGCAACGGCGCCUUUACCUCAACCUCGGCCUCUAGCUC